GUUGCCGGAAGUGGGAAGAUAAAGAUUGUGAUGGCGGCUGCUACUGAAUCCGAGAAGGUGUCGGUGGACAGCGCAGAGGAGGCGCCCCUCGCGACGGCGGAGGAGCUGGCCGUACAGAAGCGCGAACAGAGACUGCGCAAGUUCCGGGAGCUACACCUGAAGCGGAAUGAAGCUCGUAAAUUAAAUCAUCAGGAAGUUGUGGAAGAAGAUAAAAGACUUAAGUUACCUGCGAAUUGGGAAGCCAAAAAAGCUCGUUUAGAAUGGGAACUACAGGAAGAAGAAAAGAAAAAGGAAUGUACAGCAAGAGGAGAAGACUAUGAAAAGGUGAAGUUGCUAGAGAUCAGUGCAGAAGAUGCGGAGAGAUGGGAGAGGAAGAAGAAGAGGAAAAAUCCUGAUCUGGGAUUUUCAGAUUAUGCUGCUGCCCAGUUACGUCAGUAUCAUCGGCUGACCAAGCAGAUCAAACCUGACAUGGAAGCGUAUGAGAGACUGAGAGAAAAACAUGGAGAAGAGUUUUUCCCAACAUCCAACAGUCUUCUUCAUGGAACACAUGUGCCUUCCACAGAGGAAAUUGAUAGGAUGGUCAUAGAUUUAGGAAAACAAAUUCAAAAGCGAGACAAAUACAGCCGGAGACGUCCUUAUAAUGAUGAUGCAGAUAUCGACUACAUCAAUGAAAGGAAUGCCAAGUUUAACAAGAAAGCAGAAAGAUUCUAUGGGAAGUAUACGGCUGAAAUUAAACAGAAUUUGGAAAGAGGAACAGCUGUUUAAUCCCUUCAGAACUACUUAGAGAUGCUAGGGAGUGGAGUGAAAAUCUCUGCAAGUCAAUUCAAAUUGUCUCUGAAAUGUUAUCGCUAAUGCAGAAUUUAGUCUAUGCCUUUUCACUCAGCAUUUAGAAAUAAAGAUGUUGUUUCUUAAACACACAUACAUCCGUGCAUAUUUCCACAUUUUUGUGCUUGGAUAUAAAAUGUAUUUCUUGUAGUGAAGUUGUUUUGUAAAAAUCUACUUUGUAUAAAUUCUAAUUAUAUUAUUUUUCUAUGUAUUUUAAAUGUGUAUGACUGUUUAAUCUUUGAAGCGUUUGGGGCUUAAGAUUGCUGGCAGCAUACACUAAACGCAGUCAUUGUUGCUUUGCAUGUUCAAUUUGACAAAGUCUAGACAUAGGAGCCAUCGGGGAUUGUGAACUCAAGCUGAAGAUGGUGGUGAGGAAGGUGGCAGUGGCCAUAGAGGUUUGGAGAGUCUUCUCAUGACUGCCUGUGACCAAGUUAGGGAGCAGCAGAGCUAUCCUGCCAUGGAUACUGACCUGGACAGUUCCCUUUUUUAAAAGCAAUAAAAUUCUUUGGAUUAGAA